GCUGCGUAUCCCUCUCUCGUUCUCACUCAUUCUCUGACGCCCAAAAGGGUCGCCCACAAAGUUGUUGAUCGGCUUUGCCCUUCCUCUUUGCAGGUGUCUUCCGCAUUUCCUCGCAAUUUCGAAUCUGUGGGAUCACGUUGCUGAGGAAGAGGUGUCGAGUUGCAGAUCACCCUCGCCAGUUUCCUAGCCUCCUCCGCCGGAUCCAAUGGCGGAAAUUCAGCCACUGAACGGUCUCGGUCAGGAAAACCCACACCCUUACACUCCUCUACUAGCGGAUCGCCGCCCGACAGUCAGCUCUCCUCAACGCAGACCCAUCCAGGUCCUUGCCUCUGUGUUACUCGCAGUCGUCGGCCUCUCUGGUCUUCUCGUCAUCUGUAAGAUCCAAUCAUCAAGGCAGCCACUGGUCUUGGAGAAGAAGGACGAUCGCCCCGAGCCAUUGGCAUUCUGGCCGGUGUCGAGAGGGAAGCCAGAGGGAGUUUCGGAGAAGGCCUCGCUCAUAUGGCCGUCUCCGUCCUUUACCUGGACGAACGCCAUGCUCGCCUGGCAACGCACCAGCUACCAUUUCCAGCCUGAGAAGAACUGGAUGAACGGGCCACUGUUUUAUAUGGGCUGGUACCAUCUGUUCUACCAGUACAACCCUGACUCUGCUGUGUGGGGGAACAUCACAUGGGGCCAUGCCGUGUCCAAGGACUUGAUCCACUGGCUGUACCUGGACCUAGCCAUGGUUCCCGACCAGUGGUAUGACAUCAAUGGAGUCUGGACCGGCUCCGCGACCCUAUUGCCGGACGGCCGCAUAGUGAUGAUCUACACCGGCUCGACGAAUGAAUCAGUUCAGGUCCAGAAUGUUGCUGUGCCGGCAAACUUAUCGGACCCACUCCUCCGCGACUGGGUCAAGUACGAGGCCAACCCAGUGUUGCUACCCCCUAGAGGCAUCCUCUACGAUGAUUUCCGCGACCCGACCACUGCCUGGUUCGCCAAGGAUGGUAAGGCCUGGUACUUGACCAUCGGGUCGAAGGUCAAUACGACCGGCAUUGCAUUGGUCUACAAAACUACAGACUUCUACAAUUACGAGUUGAUGGAGGGGGUGCUGCAUUCGGUGCCGGAGACGGGCAUGUGGGAGUGCAUCGACUUCUACCCAGUCUCGACCACGAGCACGGUGGGGCUCGAUACGUCGAGCAAUGAGACAGACGUCAAGUACGUGCUGAAGGCUAGCCUGGACGACCUGAAGAAGGACUUCUAUGCGCUGGGGUCCUACGACGAGGCAAACCAGACGUGGACGCCGGACGACUUGGAGAUGGAUGUGGGGAUCGGGAUGCGCUACGAUUACGGCAAAUACUACGCCUCAAAGACGUUCUACGACCAGUACAAGGGCAGAAGGAUCUUGUGGGGCUGGAUUAGUGAGACGGAUAGCGAGGAAACCGAUCUGGAGAAGGGUUGGGCUUCGUUACAGACUAUACCGAGAGUUGUCUACCUCGACCUGAAGACAAACAGCAAUUUGAUACAAUGGCCGGUGGAAGAGGUGAAAAGACUUAGAAGGACAGAGUUCUCUUUUGAGAACAUCACUGUUGCGGCAGGAUCUGUCCUACCAUUGAACAUCACUCCUGCAACUCAGUUGGACAUCAACAUUGAGAUGGAAUUUCCUUAUUCAGAGAACAUUACAGAAGCUGAUGUAACCUACAACUGCACCACGAGCGGUGGCGCUGCCGAUCGUGGCAUUCUUGGUCCAUUUGGGCUGCUAAUCUUUGCAGAUGAUAACCUAGUUGAACAAACUGCUGUUUUCUUCUAUGUCGCCAAAGCUUCCACUGGUGACUUCAGGACUUACUUCUGCCAUGAUGACUCCAGGUCGUCAAAAGCAACGGAUCUUGUUGGGUAUACAUAUGGAAAUACUGUGCCUGUACUCUCUGGGGAGAAAUUAUCGAUUCGGAUACUGGUUGAUCACUCAAUAAUUGAAAGCUUUGCCCAAGGUGGUAGAAUGUCCAUAACAUCUAGAGUGUACCCAACAGAGGCCAUCUAUGGGGCAGCUCGUGUCUUCCUCUUCAACAAUGCAUCUGUUCCUAUCACCACUACCAGUCUCAACAUUUGGCAGAUGGACUCAGCACAUAUUCAUCCAUUUUUUUCGUAGUGCAGUAAUAGUACUGUCUAUUUCUUUAUUCUUUUUCUUUGGAAGUCCUCCUUGGCCAUAAAACGUGAGGCUUCAUGAUGGUCGAGCAUUUUUGGAGAAGGAAGCCCUUACGGGCACAAAAGAGAAGAUGUUGUAUUGCAUGCCCCUUCUAAAUUUUGGUUUGAAUUGUAUGUGUCAUCUUCUGUAUCUUUUUCUCUACGUAAAAGUUUCAUUCGGCUUGUGAAACAGCCUGAGUUUUUCGGACAUCUCGAACUGUUUUGUACUCUACUUAUUGUUUUCUUUGAUGUAUGAACUCUGAGAGGUUCCGUCUUGUUCA